ACAACCUAAAAUUUGCAAUACUGACACGUGUCAAUCUAUAAUGCACAAGUUUAUUUGGCAUGUAUGAAUCCUUAGUAAUAAUAAUGUUGGGAGUUAUUUCUUUCUCUUCUCUUCUUCCCCUUCCCACAAUUAUUCCAUAACCACCAUUGCUUGAAAAAUGGCAAGCCAACCUCAGAAUUCAGACCUUACAUUCCCACCAGCAGAUGUUGCUGGAGAACUUCAUCCUGAAAUAAACACAAACGUUCAGAUUGAUCCUACAUCUUCUGAGGUUGCAGCCUACAAGGAAAAAAAGGCAGAAAAUGAGGCCAAACAUGAAAGAGAAAAGAAGGAUGCAUUGCAAACAAUAAAAUCAGCAAUUAUAAUUUCAGGUAUCGUUGUGGCUUUGGCAGGAGCUGCAUUUGCUAUAGCCAAGAAAUUAAGAGAGAAAUGACCCCCACCUUUCUCAAGAGAUAUAGAAGAUUUAAAGAGAUUUAUCAGUUUUAGGAUUUAUUUUUAGGUCCUCACAUUCUUUUUAUAUGAAUUAGUUCUUAUCAUUUUUCUGAAUUUUGGGUUCAAAUAAGUCAC